CCCAGCAUCCAGCUGGACCAAAGGGGCCUCUCUGGGGUUUUCCAGCUGCCCGGGGGUCACUGGCCCUGGUGCACUGGAGAGCGUGAGAGCAAGGUCCUCAGCUCCAGAUCAGCUUCUCCCAGUCCUGCUCUGUGGGGUGCCACCUCCCAGCGGACAGCAGAACUGUCGAGCCCCUGUCCUUUCUACUGUAAAGGAGCCAGACCUCACUUCUGUACAUCUUCUCCCCAAGAGGCAGCAUGACCCAAAACAUGGUGACUGUGAAUGGAGUCGAUGUGGCCUCUACGCUGGCCCAGCCCACCCACAUCAACAUCCACAUCCACCAGGAAUCAGCUCUGGCACAACUGAAGGAGCUCUUUUUUUGCCGUUGGAACAUUGGGCCUCCCAAGACCAGGAUAAGAUAUGGGCAGUUGGCACUUGGGGUGACCCAGAUAUUGCUGGGGGCUGUGAGCUGUGCUCUUGGGGUGUUUCUGUGCUUCGGGCCCUGGAUGGAUCUGCGUGGCUCAGGUUGCGCCUUCUGGGCAGGGUCUGUGGCUAUUGCAGCAGGAGCUGGGACCAUUAUCCAUGACAAACACCGGAGCAAACUUUCAGGCUGCGUGUCAGGUCUGCUCACCUUGGCUGGUGUUGCCACGGCCGUGGCCGCUCUCGCCUUCUGUGUGGAUAGUGUACGCUGGGACCAGGCUGACUACCUCUUCCCGGACAGCGUGUGUGAUCGCCCAGCCCCUGCCACCACACAGACUUGGUACGGAUGGAACCAGCAGAGCCGUUACGAUGAUUCAAACUGGCAGGAGAAUGAGUGUAGAGCCUUCAUAGUGAUGCUGAAGAACUUGUUUCAAGGAAUUUGUAUUAUGCUCCUGGUUGUCUGUGCCCUGCUGGUCAUUGUAUCCUUGGCUUCCCUGGGCAUGGGUCUUCGGAGCUUGUGCGGCCAGUGCUCCCGGCCCCUGGAUGACGAAGAGUCAGAGAAGAAGCUACUGGGGGAGGAUUCAGUGCCUCCCUCCCCCUCCAAGGAGAAGACCAAGGCUGCCAUCAUCCUGUGAGCCGCCAAAGACCCCCAUGAAUUCGCCCCCCGCCCCGCGUGUGCCUCCAGAGUAGCCCAGGGCCUGUGGGGAGGCCAGUAUUCGCUCCCAGGGCCCCUCACUGCUCUAUCCCUCACAAUCGCCUGUCCUUUGGCCACUGCCCUGUCCCCACCAUCCUCACCCACUGUUCCCACCCCAGUGUCCUCACAUCAAUGAACCGGUAUUGUCACAGUCUCCCCAGUGCUGAUUAAACAGAAACAACCACACAAAAUGAUUUAAAACAAAAAGAA